GAGUUCAUGUCAUUGGACAUGUAGGGCAGUCAUGAUCACUGGUCUCAUCAUCCACUCAAACCAGCUCGCAUAUUUUUUCAAUGGCUGGCUAUCCUGCAGAAGGUGUCGAUUUUUUUAUUACCAGGCCCGGGGUAGUAGGGUCUACAUUGCGCGUCACUGUCCGUGGAGGCGCAGGUGCUGUUUUCGCACUCCCCAUCCAAGUCGAUCCUGAGAUAGUUGAUCCUACGAUCACCCACACGACGUGGACCGUGAGAUAUGACGACGGCGGCGACGACGACCCCCAGAGACAGUGCGUCAUCACCACAUCCGAUGAUCAAAUAUCACUGGGGAAUACAUUCCGCGUGAAUGAUGGGGUUGUUUAUGGAGGUUAUGUCAAGUGCUUUGACUCCGACCCUGCCCAAGACCAAGUCUGGACUAUCAGACCAGCCGCAGGGGGUUACACUAUCGGCAGGCAGCAAAAUGGUGUAGGCCCCGAGUUCACGUGGAACUUCGUCGUAGGAGACAGGGUCGGGGUCAGCAUAGAUGCUGCACCCCAAGCGUGGCAAUUCGUGCCGGUCGAAGAAUAAGCAUUGGGAUACAGAGUCGUGUCGUGUAUUCACUUAGUUUCUUGAGAUCAUGUAGUUUUCCAAACGUUCAAUGUUGUACGAUAGGUCUAUGCAAAUGCUGGCGGUGCUGAAUUGUUCAGUCGCUUCCCAAUAAAAAAGACAUGGUCACUUGGU